CAGUUCCAAGCCUGCUCUCCCCGGGGAUUAAACCAGACCGUCUCUCUCCUCCCUGUUUCCUGCCGCCGCCAUGGUCGACGUGGACUGGCGGAUGGCGGCCCUGACCCCGGCCCACACCGCCGGCCUCCGCCGUCUCUGCACUCGCGCCGCCACCGCCUCCGCCCCCUCCUCCUCCCGCAACGGUCUCCUCUCCUUCUCCCCCCUCGCCGAGGCCCUCAUCUCCCACCUCCGCUCCUCCGGCGUCCCCCUCCACCCUGGCCUCUCCGACGCCGAGUUCGCCCGCGCCGAGGCCGAGUUCUGCUUCGCCUUCCCCCCAGACCUCCGCGCCGUCCUCUCCCUCGGCCUCCCCGCCGCCCCUGGCUUCCCGGACUGGCGCUCCCGCCAUCGCCUCCAUGCCACACUUGAUCUCCCUGUCGCUGCCAUCUCCACCCAGAUCGCCCGCCACGCCUUCUGGCCCCGCUCCUGGGGCCCCCGCCCCGCCGACCCCGAGCGCGCCCUCCGCCUCGCCCGCUCCGCCUUACGCCGCGCCCCCCUCCUCAUCCCCCUCUUCGGCCGCAGCUACAUCCCCUGCCACCCCACUCUCGCCGGAAACCCCGUCUUCCUCGUCGACGAGGCCCGCAUCUCCUGCUGCGGCUUCGACCUUGCCGACUUCUUCCGCCGCGAAUCCGCCUUCCACUCCCCUUCCCCCCCUCCCGAUCUCUUCCUCCGGCGCCAGCGCUCCGCCUCGGUCGCCGCCGACAAGCCCAUUCGCCUUUCCCUCCCCCCCUCCGCCUCCCGCCGCAGCCUCGACUCCAUCGCCGGCAAGGCCCCCCGCUGGAUCGAGUUCUGGAGCGACGCCGCCGCCUCCGACCGCCGCCGCCGGAGCUCCUCCGCCUCCUCCACCUCCGAUCCGGAGCGUUUCUUGGAGAUCCGGGCCCCCGCCAGGAGUCUUCCGGCAUGGGUCGGUACCUACCUGGACAUGAUCAAAUCGGUCCUGAUCGACGGCGGGUGGGGUGAGUCAGAGGCAGCGGAGAUGGUCGAGGUGACGGCGUCCGGCCUCCUCGACGGCGCCGCCUCCGUCGUCCUCGACAGCCAGGCGGUUCUCGACGCCCUCCUCCUUAAGGCGGACCGCUGCUCCGACUCGCUCCGCAGGGCCGGGUGGACCUCCGAGGAGAUUACCGACGCGCUCGGCCUCGACUUCCGUCCGGAUAGACGGCUGCAGCGCCCGCCUUUAAAGCUCCCGCCGGAGAUCGCCGUCAAGUUCGGCAAGCUCGCUGAGGCGGUUUCCCGAUUCUAGCACAGCGGUCACCAGAUCCAUUUCUUUUUAUCCUUUCUUAGUUUCUUUCUCUUAUUUCGGAUAAGAAAUCCUUGUAGCCGUAGGCCCUAGUUGUAGUGGUACUUUAAAGAAGCGUAUAAAUAUAAAUACACAAAAAAGGAGGCUAGAAAAA